AUUUUUUAUUUCUCGCGGUGUGUGCAUGUGUUGCGUGCCUUUCAACUUCCACCGAAGAAGAAGCGACGGGGUGCAACAUCGGACCACACCCUAGUCCAAAAGAAGAGCUCGAGGUGUCCAAGGCAGGCCGAGAGGGAGUGUCUGUCGCAGGCAGGCGAGCAUGUUUCGUCAACAAAUCCGGCCCGUCCUGGAGGACCUUCCCGAUCCUGCGGGGUCCGACGAGGACCGGGUCAGUUCCGAGGGCGAGGAGGGGGAGGGCGAGGGCGUGGGAGAAGAUGGUCCGGGCACGCAGCUGCGCAGCUUGCAUGGUGGCGCGGACGUCGAUGAGGGCGGCGAGCCGACGUAUGAGCCUGCCGCGCGGGCAUUCAGGGAUGUUGCGCCGCCGAUAAUUGGCAAGGCUGGCGAGUCCGGGCAGAUCGAGAAGGAGAGGAGGAGGCCAAAGGAGUCCACGAGAGCGCUGCGUCGUGAUGUCGAUGAGGCACCUCAAGAGCGGGGUAGUGCGAUGAAGGAGAAGACGGUGAGGAUCGACUUGGCCGCUUCGUUGGCCGGCGCUACUCAGGGCGCAGACGACUCGGCGGAAGAGGAAGGGCCCGGUGGAUCAGCGGGUUCGGGCGGCGGUGCACCUCUCAUUGGCACGAUCCAGGAACGGCGUGGUAUCAGUCGCUCAGAAGCAGAGAGCAGCGAAAAGAAGAAAAUGAGCAGGUUUGCGCAAAAGAGACAGCUGGAGAGGGAACGCCAAGGCGCGACCGCUGUACCUGCUGGAGGUGGUGGUGAUGAGGGCGAUGUAUGGCUGGACGAGGAUGGGAAGCCCAUGUCGGCAUUUAGGAGGAAGAUGCUCGAGAAGAGAGGAGGGGUACCACCAUCGAGGACUAAGCCCACCCUGCCAUCGAGCACAGUGGGACAAUCAGCCUCAGCAGUCUCAAAGGGUGCCACUGGCGCAGCCGAUCCAAUGCUCGCGGAGAUAUCAAAAGAAAAUGAGGAAAAGGUCGCAAAGAUGUCCCGUGAAGAGGUCGAGGCCGAGCUUAAGGAAAUCGGAGACUCGUUGGGACCUGGUGUGCUCGACCUGCUCAUGGCGAGGAGUCGAGGGUCCUCGCAGAAAGAGGAGGCAGAUAAGCAAGAGCUCCUAGGAAGGGCUGAAGAGCGCGUGGAGAAAGUCGACAAGGGAAGGAGAAUAGGGCAGCAAUCGACCACGGUGGUACAGAAGCAGCCAGGCGAGAAAUCAAACAACAGAGUCCGCUUCCAGGAUGCACAAGGCGAAGACACGCCAGAGGAGAUUCGGAAACGGUUCUUUCCCGAGGAGCCGGCUACGGUCCCUGCCUCGCUCCAAUGGACUCAAGACGAUGCUCGCGACGCAGUGUCGAGAGGUGGCAGGCGCUUCGGCUUUGAUGGCCGGCCUAUCGAUGAUGAAGUCUUGCCGACAGAUGAGAGCAGGCUAUCGGGCUUGCAUCAUCACGGCGAGGAGCAGGACAAGGCCGGGUAUACCGUUGAGGAGCUCCUUCACCUGGCCCGAAGCACCAAUCGGUCACAACGCACCAUCGCUCUCCGCACUCUUGGCCACGUCAUCUUUCAGUCUUCUUUGCAGCGCGACAACGAGAUCCACUGCGAGAUACGUGGGGCGAACGCUUUUGCGAGGGCAUUGAGACUCGCUUCGUGGAACUUCGAGGAUCGUCACAUGAGCGUCAGAUCCGUGGCUUGGUUCUGUGCCGACAAAUGCAUAACGAAUGGACUGUGCGAAAGGACCGGGUCGAUCGUCCAGGACAGUCUCGAUAAACCCUCAAAGGAAGAGCAACGUGAUGCUCUUGAAGUCUUCGACGUGAUCAAGACUGUUAUGAGCGUCAUUGCAUCGCCUGCUGGAACGCCACUUUCUGCCCCAGAACUUAGCCACGCCCUGUCGAUACUUGUCAACGUCACGACACGAAGUCGCAAGAUGGCUGUCGCCGUGGCCAGUCAUAAGGGGCUCGUUGAUGCAGUCAUCUCGGCUGCGAUUCGACAGAGACAGUGGCCAUUAGCGAAGGGGGCCAAGGGGGAUGCCGCGCCCGAUGCUGCCGCGCUGCGCCUCCUUUUGAACCUUGUCCGAGCCGAUCGAGAAGUCGCUCAUGCUCUCGUUACAACAGGCCAAAUUGAAGCUCUGCUUCGCUUCCUCGCCGUGCUCCCUUCGGACCACCAUCAGCCUAGCCUCAAUCUGCUCAACCUCACCCUUGAGAUCUACACAUGCCUGAGUCGGUAUGGAAUGUGCGCGGACCUCGCCUCAAAGGUCCCCUCCAUCGUUGCAUCUCUACUGCAGUGGGUGGCGUCACCCUCUUCGUCUUUCAGCUCUGAUGCGUACACGCGCGCACUGGCCCUCGACCUGCUCAGCAUCUGGAUCGUGUGUGCACAGGAUCCUCACCAGACCGUCAAUCAUCACGACAUCAGAUGGGUUCAGGUCGCCGAGUGGUGGGAGGUCGGGAGGGACGUUAUACGCUUGAGUGCUUCCACUAGUGCAGCAUCGAGAGGCCAAUGGACGGUCGACACGUUCCUCUUGGUUGCCAGUGCGGCACAGCUCCUUGACGAGUGGCUAAUUGCGGCUCAGAAGUACGACGAUGCCGCCUGCAAGACGACGAUCGCGACUGUUACGGAGAAUCUGUGGCCUACAAUUUGCCAAGCGUCCACAUUCUUCGGAGACCGCUGCUCGCAACUCCGUAAGUCGGAAGAGAUGGCAACCGGCGCCAAGGCCCUUCCGGGGCUAGUUGCAGAAGAGGAGCUUUCAGACAUGAGAGAGAUUGCGAGAUCGGCAAGAGGCGCGCACUUUAUCUUCCGUCUGGCUAAACGCAUCCAGCGAGGGGCAGACCUUGCAAUGCAUGCGACGGUACACACCCUCCUAAGAGACAACCGCCUCUGGAGCGCCUUGAUAAGAGAUGACGUCGACGUACCAGACCUCGCAAGACACCUCACGAGCUUUUGCGCGGACGUCAUUUUCGAUGGGACACAGAGCACGGGUGACAAGCCUCCCGAGACCGAAGCGCAAGAAACUGGCAUACAACUUCUCCUCGCGCUGCUCUAUAGAUUGGGCCAAGGAGAUGAGAAAAUAGCGAGAUACAUAAUUGGGGAAGCGCUGCCUCGCGUCGAUCCCUCUCUGCAGGACGCGAUUCAUGCCAUCCGACCAUUCUGGUUCGAGUCGCUACGUGUGGACCCAAAGCUGGAAAUGGCGCCGCGACAGACGAUCUCGUCUCAGCUUCUCCGCACCAAUACUCUUCUCGUUCCUCAUUCGACAAAACGAUACGAGCUUCUUGACGCUCAUCAAGAGAGAACAGGUGAUGACGAGGAGGAGGAAACCGACGAAAAGGAUCCUCUCUCGGGCGCACCAUUGUGGAAAUCUCCAAUUCGAGGCUUACCACUGCGGAAAGAUUGGCCGAUGAUGGCGCUCGAUGAUCUGUUGCACAGCGGCACCUGCGCUUCGCUCAACCGGAUGGACGCGCUCCCUGCAGAUUGGGGUUGGGACGUCAACGAGCGAGGCAUCGUCCAAGCUUCGGUCAAGCUAGCGACGAGCAUCUUUGCGCAGAGUCCAUCGAUCUCCUUCUCGACCGACCGACUUGGGAAGCUCUCCCAGCCGACAGUCGCAGAUGUCUACCUCGGUAUUGUUAAAGUUUUCCUGCUCGAGGCAGACGCGGACAAGAAUGACGGAGCGGCAUCGUCGACGGACAAGGCCUCUUCGGUAGGGAAGCCGAAGCCGACGGGCCUUCUUACCGGGAGAGACCUUUUCAGAGAUCCGCAGAUUUCGACUUAUCUUUUCGCUCUCUUUGAGCACUUCGUACCAUCCCCGACGUCCUAUUUCUUCGGCGAGGGCGGUACAAUCGAAGAGAUCGAGGAGACUUGCAAAGCGCAGUGGCCGUCCUCGAACUCCUUCUACCAGCUGUACACGGACCUGCUGGGUCUUUAUGAUUCGGCCUCGUUUGGCGACGACAACUUCGCCAGGACCAUCCUCUUGCCAGCGUUGCUCGAGCCGCGCCAGGGAGAAGACAGGGAGAGGCCGUAUUCGAGGCUGCUGCUGAAUGACUAUCGACACGUCUUGAAGAGCGUGGGGCUCAAGUGUGGCGAUGGGGUUGAAGGUAGAUACGUCGAGCCUCUGGCGUACUGGGUCUCGGGCAAGAGCAGAGAGCGCAAGGGUCAGGACGAGGAUGAUGGUCUGAGCGCGGAGGAGGAGGACAAGACGAAGUCCAAGGAUGGCAUCGAGGAAGAUAGGGAAGUUGUGAGAGCCAUGGUCUCCAUUCUCGUCGAGUCAUUCACAAAGGGGCCCAAUGCAAUCGACGAAACUCGCAACGAACUCAUGUGGCAGUGGGCACUGCGGAGCGUUGCGCAUCAUGUCUGGAAGGUGCGCGACAAAGGCGCCGGCGAUGACGACGAGGAGGCUAGAGAGGCGAGGCAGAUUCUCAAGACCCUUUGGCCACUCGCCAAUCGUCAAUUCAAGGACACAUUCUGCAGCGUGGGCCUCGAAACCGAGACGAAGGGCGAGGAUACAAGCCUCGCUGAGAGGCUUGCCUGGAUCAGCACUGUCGAAAAGUCACCUUGAUUGUGGCAUUCUCAAUCUCGUACACAUCAUCAAUGUAAAUUUGCCAAACAUCAUCAUAGUAAUAGCGAUCACCCUCAAUUACUGUCAUCCAACUUGUUGUCUAUG